AUGAGGCCCGCGACGUCGCCGGCGAGCGUGGCGGCGGACUUCGCCAUGGGCGGCGCGGCCGCCGUGGUGGCCAAGACGGGGGCCGCGCCGGUCGAGCGUGUCAAGCUGCUGCUCCAGAACCAGGCCGAGAUGCUGCGCCGGGGCACCCUCACGCGCCCCUACAAGGGCAUCGCCGACGCCUUCGCCCGCGUCCUCCGCGAGGAGGGCCCCGCCGCGUUCUGGCGCGGCAACCAGGCCAACGUCAUCCGCUACUUCCCCACCCAGGCUUUUAACUUUGCAUUCAGGGGCUACUUCAAAAGCUUCUUUGGCUAUGACAGGGAUAAAGAAGGAAAGUGGAAGUGGUUAGCUGGAAAUGUAGCCUCUGGCAGUGCUGCAGGAGCUACAACAUCAUUGCUGCUAUACCAUCUAGAUUAUGCAAGAACAAGGCUAGCUACUGAUGCAAUUGAAUCAUGGGGAACCAAACGCCAGUUCAGGGGGUUGCUGGAUGUUUACAAGAAGACACUUACAACCGAUGGCAUGUCUGGACUAUAUCGAGGUUUCAGUGUGUCUAUUAUGGGAAUCACCUUGUACCGGGGUCUAUAUUUUGGUAUCUAUGAUAGCAUGAAGCCUCUAGUUCUAGUAGGCCCAUUGGAGGGGAAUUUCUUCGCCAGUUUUGCCUUGGGCUGGGCAAUAACUACAUUCUCUGGGACCUGUGCCUAUCCAUUCGACACGGUCCGUCGUAGAAUGAUGUUGACUUCAGGACAACCAUUUAAAUACAAGAACGGUUUCCAUGCAGUAAAACUGAUAGUUUCAACCGAAGGGUUCUUCACAUUAUUCAGAGGGGCGACAGACCUUUUUCGAAGAGACAGGAUUCAAGUGGAUUUCGCAUCCAAUAAUCUGUCCAUCACUCAAAAGAGGAGUAAAGGAGCCUCCGAUCCCCAUCUGUCUCCGAUUCUGAUCAUCGCUGGGGAGCUGAGUAAUUGCCACCGUGCUGGCAGCACUGAACAACUGAAAGGAGGGGAGGCCGAUGAGCCGUGUGAGCUCACUGUCAAGUCUGGUGAUGGACUUCUCCAUGGGAGGUGCCAGCAGAAUGUGUGA